AUGACCACGACACCUGAUGAAGCUACUAUGAAGCAUCCACCGCUGUUGGAUGAUAUUAUUCUACAUGAAAAUGAUCUGACCGAAGAAGCCAAGAGCUGUUUCGGCUAUCAUAGUAAAAUUUUGCAUGCGUUUGAAUUGUAUCGGCGAAGCAUACUUUGUAAUGAACAUAUGACAUGUUUGGGUAGACAUCGAGCUUUAAGUGAAAUCGGUAAACUGCAUACAAAUUGCAAACAAGUUCUCAAUUAUAUGACAGAACACAGUGAACUUCUUAGUGGUAAUUUGCCGCCGUUUGGUCCAUUGAUUAUUUAUGGCCUUCCCCGUACAGGGUCGACAUUGCUCCAAAAUCUGCUUGCCUGUGAUCCUGAUUGCCGUUCUCCAUUGAUCACCGAUAUGUGUAUCGACAUUGUUCCACCCAUCUCACGAUCAAAUUCAGUUGAACAUGAGAAACGAAUGGCCGCACGGAUAUCGUAUUUUGGACAAAUUGCAUUAUUUGAAGCCGAAGCAAAGCACAUUUUCGCUUCUCAUCCAUAUUUUCCCAUUGACGAAGAUUACUAUAUUCUGCGGCAAGCAAGCUUCCUACCCUUCUUCACGAUGAUUACAUCUGAUCAGGUAUCUGAUGAUGGUACUUGGCUUCUUAAAGAAUUGAACAAAGACUAUGUAUAUGACUAUCAUGAGCUGUUUUUGCGGAUGUUGAAUUCUGUCGAUGCGCCACGUUCUCAUUGGUUAUUGAAGACACCCGUGCAUUCUUUUAAACUAGAUACAAUCCUUCAACAUUACCCGAACGCAGCAAUAGUCAUGACUCAUCGGCGUCUCGAUGAAGUCUUACCUUCGUCGUGUAGUUUAUCAUGGUCUCUUGGAUCAAUUCAUCUCGACAAAAGAGAUGCCGCCAGUCGAAAUACAAUCAAGAAACAAACUCUACAAUUCAUUGAUAAAGCGAUCGAAUGCACAGUAGAGUUUCGCACUCGUCUAGACCGUAUACAUGAUGAAAAGCGCAAGAACCUUUUUGACGUUGCCUACAAUGAUUUGAUGGAGCAACCGAUUGCCACUGUGCGUCGCAUCUAUGAUUAUUUCGGUCUUCGGUGGUCAGACGAAUUUGAAGGAGCCAUGCAGGUUUGGCUUUGCAACAAUCCCCAGGGCAAGCAAGGCCGUCACAGUUAUAGUCUGAAAGAGUGUGAUCUCAUGAUCGAAGACAUUGAGGCACGGUACGCGGAUUAUAUCACUUUGUUUCAGUGCUCACCAUCUUCCGAUAUUGCUAGUGCUAGCAGCCACUAG